CUCGAACCUAGCUACGAUAUAUAUUUGCGGGCGGCUAUGGCAUCAAAUUCUGCUGUAAAAUACGUGGCCAAAUUGCAAGAUGCACUUUCAAGAGAGGAUGACCCUAUCAGCGUACAGACACUGUAUACAUUUGAACACGACGCACUCCUUGCUAUCAUCCAUUACCGGAGACAGUACAACUCUCAUUUACCGCCAAACCAGCUUCCAUCCGAAAUCUUAGGCUACAUAUUCCAAUGGUUGCGUACGCCGGGGAUCACCGAUACCGCUGACUUGACGGGGCCUUUGUAUGACUUCACUGACGUCCUUUCUGCCCUAAGGGUGUGUUACCAGUGGUACCGAGUAGCAACUUCCACCUCUACGCUUUGGACAUUCAUAGACUUCGCAUACGAUCGCAACGCGCUCGUCAAACUUAGGAGGACGCAGAAGGCACCUCUCCACAUACGCUUCUCUCUGGACAAAUACGCCACAAGUGUGCUCGUGGAUCUUAUGCGAUCUCAUGGCGAUCGUGUGCGGGAGCUUCACCUCUGGGCGAAGGAUUCGACCUCCCUCAAAAGGCUUCCUGGACAACUCAACGUCUUAGCAGAUCGACUGGAGUCGGUCGUUAUGGCUGGAGCGCAGCGCGGGGGAGUUGUCACCAUCCGUAGCCUCUUCCUUGGCCAAACACCGGUCCUAAAAUCCCUUGCUGUACGACGAGUGCCGUGGGUCCCAUCUAAUACGUUUCCAAACCUCACCCACCUGUAUCUAUCCCGUCUUCCGCUUUUCCCAAUCGCCAUCUUCCUGGGUCUCUUGGAGCGGACCCGGAGGCUUCAGCUUCUACAUGUCGAUGAGUGCGCAAUUGACAUCUCCGGUUUCGACGGCAGGAGGACCACGGUUGUAUCCCUCCCUCACUUGCGCAAUAUGUCUCUGGGCCAUCUAGCUCUCGAUCCUCUUCCGCACGUCCUCUCCCACCUCGAUCUACCCGCCCACGUUAUGCUCAGGCUCUACUCCCUCCGGUUUUGGCAGCAGGGCGAGGAUGAUUUCGACACCCUGGUCCGUCCUAAUCCCUUCACUAUAUCGAACGACUUCACCCGUCUUGAGAUAAUCGUUGGCGAGAAUUGGCGCAAGCUCGUCGCGGAAAGCGAGCAACCUGGCCGCGGGGGCUUCUGGAUCGAAUUCAUUUUCAUUUUUGCUACCCCGCCGUCCUGCGAAGACUGGGAAGAAUGGCUCCUCAGGGUCCCGCAAAUGGUAUCCUUGGCCAACGUCGAAACUCUUCGCCUUUCUAUUCGCUUCUGGGAAAUCCUUCCGGAUCUCGCACACCACAUGCCCCGAGUGAAGUACCUGGCCGUCGAGGAAUACGCCCGCCUCCCUCCGGAUCUGUUGGAGUACGCGGUCUUACACUGCCUGGCGGGACUGCUCUGCAAGGAUGACCCCGUCCCGUUGCCUAACUUGGAGUCGCUCUACAUCGACUCCUCCUGCGACCUUCCUGACCCCAAGCUGAUGCUUACUGCCGUGCAUAAGCGUCACCGAAGCAAACGGCGUUUGCGUUCUCUCACAAUCCGUGUCGACCCGAGCCGUUACACGGUGGACUAUAUCACCGAGCAGUACGCCGAGGUCGUAAACUACGUGGACGAACUGCACUUCGUGUCGGACGAGAUGUGGAAGUGGGACGUGAGCGAGGUCUGGCAUGCCAGUCAUAACUACUGGGUGCUGCGCCCUUCGGAGGACCCAAUGCGUGCGAUGUAG